GUGCGGCCAGAUUUGAAAAUGGGAGCAGCAGCCAGCCCGUCCGAAUCCCUUAAACCCCCAGGCCAUCCCUCUUCUUCCCUCCCCCCCGACCAGCCUGCGAAUCUCUGCCAAAUCUUCUUGUGCAAGACCUUCCCCUUCUUCCCUCCUUCUACCUUUCUCCUCGUGUCUCAGGAGGCUCGCUACUACCGGACCAACGGUAUUUGAUCUAUUUCUUGGAGCAGCAACCAACAUAACCUUUUGGAAACCUCGCCUCGCACCUGCACACCCGCUCCGUCUUUAUUUCUUUUUUUUUCUAUUCUUCUCCCAGCCCUUUUUAUUCUGCAGCCACGGCUUCCAGCUCGCUCGCAUCCCAUCCCAUCGUUGUGUGUUGCCCGCGCAUCCCAGAGGCACAUCAUCUCCUCACAUCAGACACAGACCGUCGCAAAGUCUGUCAAUCACCGCCCACCCCUUCAAGCUCAUACCUUGCCUGGGUCCGAUCUGACGAGCUUCGACAACCGGGAGCUUGCUUGCCUGACUGCCUGACUGCCUGGCUGACUGUGAUCUGAUCCUGUCUAUCUUUACACGCAGCUAUUUCAGCUCCUCUCUGUCUGUCUCUCGACUGGGGUUUCGCAGGGUUGUGCCAUCGUCGUCCCAAUAAAACAACUUAAUAUCCUCCGUUGCAGCAGCAGCAAGUCAGCAGCAGUUGUUGAUCGACAGUCAUUCAAUUGUUUGUCAAUCAGCAGCAGCCCACAUCCGACCGACGACAAGCCUGUCGAGCCGGGACUUUACUGCACCGCAUCAUAUCGCUGCGGGUCGCUUCGGAUAUUGGCAGCACGGUUCUCCGGCGCGCUUUCGAGGACACCCCCGACCCACAGUUCCCCAAAUCCCAACCCCUAUCUUUUUCCCUCUUGCGCUAUUGCCUGUGCCUUGACGGUUCGGCCAGCGCACGCCCACCCACUAAAUUCGCUAGACGCAAUUGGUGGCCGACCUCACUGUGUGCAUUUUAUCUCCUCUUCACCCCCCCGGGCUGGACUCGAUCAUCUUUAUCAAUCCUCACAUCCAUCCUCACCACCCCCGACGUUCACGCACAUCCUGCUGUGCACGACUUCGAUCGACUCCCUCCAACGCCUGGCUGCGAGACGAACCUGCAUCGACGAUCAUCGCGUCGCCUGUUCUCUUUUACCUGUCCCUUGUGUUUCAAUUGGCGACGAUCCGAACACGCUUUGGUGCCGUCCCGACCUCUGCGGAUCUUCCCACCUCUCGCCGCCCAGCCACGCACCCUCUUCGCAUUCCAGAGGCCGUCCUAUUUGAACAAGACGCUCCCGCCCGCGGCGCGUGCCCAACAUGUAUUCACAAGCAGGCGCAAUGGCUGCACCUCAAAAACCAGAGACUUUUAUGCUGAGCACAGAAGCUCAGCAAGCACUGCCACACGAUGCACAGGUUGCUCUGCAACAGGUUGACAACCUGAAAUACUUUCUCAUCUCUGCACCCGUCGACUGGCAACCAGAUCAGUACAUCCGACGGUUUCUCCUGCCCACCGGCGAGUACGUCUCGUGCGUGCUGUGGAACAACCUCUUUCACAUUUCAGGAACCGACAUCGUACGAUGCCUCUCCUUCAGGUUUCAGGCCUUCGGCCGCCCCGUUAAGAACUCCAAGAAGUUCGAGGAGGGUAUCUUCUCCGAUCUCCGAAAUCUGAAGUCGGGCACCGACGCGUCCCUUGAGGAGCCCAAGAGCCCCUUCCUCGACUUCCUGUACAAGAACAACUGCAUCCGAACGCAGAAGAAGCAAAAGGUUUUCUACUGGUACAGCGUUCCCCACGACCGCCUUUUCCUCGAUGCCCUGGAGAGGGAUCUCAAGAGGGAGAAGAUGGGGCAAGAGGCUACCACCGUCGCCGUCAGCGAGCCCGCCCUGUCCUUCCAGUACGACUCGUCCCAGUCGCUGUACGAGCAGCUCACCAAGGCCCAGCAAGCCAACUCCUCUUCGUUCAACGCCCAGCAGACCUUCCCUCCUUCGCAGUCUACCUCCCCCGUCAUGCGCGCUGUCGACGCCAUGCCACCACCACAGAUGAUGCCUCAGUCCAUGGCCCCUCUGUCUGACGGAAUGGAGGCGAUGGUGCCUUACGGAGCCAUGUCGAUGGCACCCCAGAUGCCCCCGACCAUGGUUAAGAGGGAGCCUGAUUUCAACAGGGUCCAGUACAACCAGAAUGGCGUCCCAAUCACACAGGGCCACCAACGCCACGCCUCCAUGCCCGCGUACGGAUUGGAGUACUCGCCUGCUCCUUCGUUCGUUUCUUCUCAGUACGAGGACUACAGCAACCGGGGCAUCUCAUUCGAGCCCAUCACGCCACCUCAGCAGGCCCUGGGCAUGUCUGCGGAGCCCGCUUACAUUGCUAAUGAGGAGACCGGUCUCUACACCGCCAUUCCCGACCACAUGAACGGCGUCAAUGGUCUGAACGGCAUGAUCCAGCUGCCCCCAUCAAAUCUGGCAGGUGGUCAGUUUUCCCGGGGGUACGGCGCCAACAACGUCUACUCCGUGAUCGAGGGUUCGCCAACGUAUAAGCAGCGAAGGCGUCGCUCGUCCAUCCCACCGGGAAUGUCUGCUGUCGCCGCCGCAACUGCCACGGCUGCUGCCCAGGCUCACCGACCUUCGGAUCUCCGCCGCUCUGUUUCCGCCUCGGUAGGGCCAGUUGCUGAGGGUGACGAAUCCCUCGGCAACUCACCGCCAGGGCUGACCUACAGCAACGUGUCCAUGUCGAGCCAGCAGCACAAGGAGAUGCUCGAGCUUUCUCGCCAUGGCACUCCCCUGUCCACCGUCGAGGGCAGUCCCGCCAUGAACCCGAUGUCGCUCCAGCAGGAGUACCACCAGCUGCCUCAUGAUGACAUGGUCAACGGCCACAUGGAGGAGCAGCGCCGGAUGAUGCAAGGCCAGAACGGUGUCAUGCGUCGUGCGCGCUCUGCGACCGUCAUGGAGCUUGGCCCAUACCCCCAGAAGUCUCACUCCUGCCCCAUCCCAACCUGCGGUCGUCUCUUCAAGCGUUUAGAGCACCUGAAGCGACACGUGAGAACACAUACCCAAGAGAGACCCUACAUCUGCCCUUAUUGUAGCAAGGCAUUCUCCAGAUCAGACAACCUAGCACAACACAAGAGGACACAUGACCGCGGCGAAGGGGCCGACGGCCUGAACCUCUCCGGGGAAGACGAGGAGGAGUACUCGGGUGAGGACCACAUGGGCUCACUGGGAGACGCCUCGCCCAACUCGGAAUCGGGCUACAUCACCGCGUCGCUGAACUCGGUCGCCAACGGCACACCGCCAACCUCGAACGGCAACUAUGGGCCCUCGACGUCGAUGCCCAGCACGCAGUCUGGCUUCCACAGCCUGCAAACGCUGAGCCUGCCGAUGACGAUCAGCCAACCCCACACGGCUGUCAUGAUGUAAUCUGAAAAGGGCGCUCGGAAGCCUGGCAACGCCUCCUCCGGUUCGAAGGGGACUGUAAAUUUAUGGAUACUUUGUUUUAUUUCACGACUUCAUGUGCGAGGGCUUGGGACGGAUGGUCAACACGUGUCAUUCCCGGAUGAAGGGGCAGGCUUUCCUUCACGGGACUCCUGGGCGUUUCCUUUGCGGGGCUUGCUGUUAUGUUUUUAUCGAGCAACCGGCGACCAUUUUUUAUUCUCUUUUUGGUUUGAUCUCCCCCGCCUGGGAGUUGGUACUUUUUUGCGUUCUACUUUGGGCAGAAAAAGCACAAUAGACGGGCGUCGGGCGUAGCCCUCUGCGGAGCUCCCCGAACAACAUAUUCUGCAUCAUGGGACGGCACCGAAUGACUGGAAGUGGUGUAUAUAACUGUCUUCGGUUCAUCGGGCGCUAGCAGAUCGGGAUGAAAGAUACCAGUUGGUUGGAGACAUAGUUAUGCACUUGGAGGACGAGGUUUUGAAAGGGCAAAUUACAUGCACAAUACUCAGAUGUGCUCAUUCCAAGGCUGCAGCUUGUUCAUGCCAGUCAGUGAAUACGAUGAAUCUCAUACAAGGUCACAAUCA